AUGUCAUCGUCAUUCACACGGGCCCUGCGCCCUGCCCUGCGCUCCAGCCGGGCCCUCGCCCAGCGAACUUCCGUCGCCAGCGUCCUCCGUCCAGCCAUCCGAAGCAACGUCCCCGUCCGCCAUCUCGCCACAACCAUCCCCAGACUCUCCUCCUCCAUCGACAUCUCGGAAAUCCCACCGACGCCCAUCACCCACCUCUCCGAGAUCGAGGCCGCCAUGACCGAGUCCGUCUCCAAGUUCGCCACCGACGUCGUCCUCCCCAAGGCCCGCGAGAUGGACGAGGCCGAGGCCAUGGACCCGGCCAUUGUCGAGCAAAUGUUCGAGCAGGGCCUCAUGGGCAUCGAGAUCCCCGAGGAGUACGGCGGCGCGGGCAUGAACUUCACUUCCGCCAUCAUCGCCAUUGAGGAGCUCGCCCGCGCAGACCCCAGCGUCAGCGUCAUGUGCGACGUCCACAACACCCUCUGCAACACGGCCAUCAUGAAAUGGGGCUCCGAGCACGUCAAGCGCACGUUUCUCCCGCGCCUGGCCACCGACACCGUCGCCUCCUUUUGCCUGUCCGAGCCCGUCUCCGGCUCCGACGCCUUCGCCAUGGCCACCCGCGCCGUCGAGUCCGCCGACGGCUUCGUCCUCAACGGCUCCAAGAUGUGGAUCACAAACUCGGUCGAGGCCGGCAUCUUCCUCGUCUUCGCCAACCUCGACCCGUCCAAGGGCUACAAGGGCAUCACCGCCUUCGUCGUCGAAAAGGGCACCCCCGGCUUCUCCAUCGCCAAGAAGGAGAAGAAGCUCGGCAUCCGCGCCAGCAGCACCUGCGUCCUCAACUUUGACGACGUCCGCGUCCCCAAGGAGAAUAUCCUCGGCGAGCGCGGCCAGGGCUACAAGUACGCCAUCAGCAUCCUCAACGAGGGCCGCAUCGGCAUCGCCGCCCAGAUGACCGGCCUCGCCCUCGGCGCCUGGGAAAACGCCGUCAAGUACGCCUGGAACGACCGCCGCCAGUUCGGCUCCCUCAUCGGCGAGUUCCAGGGCAUGCAGCACCAGUUCGCCCAGGCCUACACCGACAUCGCCGCCGCCCGCGCCCUCGUCUACAACGCCGCCCGCAAGAAGGAGGCCGGCCAGGACUUCAUCAAGGACGCCGCCAUGGCUAAGCUGUACGCCUCCCAGGUUGCCGGCCGCGUCAGCAGCCUCGCCGUCGAGUGGAUGGGCGGCAUGGGCUUUGUGCGCGAGGGCCUGGCCGAGAAGUUUUUCCGCGACAGCAAGAUUGGUGCCAUUUACGAGGGCACCAGCAACAUUCAGCUCAACACCAUCGCCAAGCUGCUGCAAAAGGAGUACACCAACUAA